GAAUAUUGUUGAAACUAUUCUUUUUCUGAACGUUUCACAGAUUGAUAAACGUUUGGGGAAAGAUCACAUCCAGUUUACAGGAUGACUUUGACUGAGCAGACUGCACAGCCCACUCCACAGGUACUAUUGGUGGGUGAGAAGGACAGAAAGAGGCUCCUGGAAGUCUAUGUGAAGAGAAGCCUGAGCCUAAACGAUGGGUCACAGGCUCUAUAUCGACAAAGACGCCAACAAGGCAAGUGGGUUACCCGUGAUCCACGAGAUAAAAGGGAUCGUAAACAUUCGAGCGACUCCUCCCUUCACCUUAGUCCCUCAGAUUCUGCGGAUGACCUCAGUAAACAUGAGGCAUUGUCAAAAUCUCAAACCAUGAAAAAGACCCAGGUGACAAGAGAACAGCCAGAUCACAAGUCUAAGCGAUGGAGGAAGAACAGUGCUAUCAGCAGAAACAAUGGAUCUUCUGCGUCCUGCAAAUCUGACAGCAAGCCCCUGAAGUGGUUUUCACAUUUUGAAAAGGACAAGCGUGAUGGCAAACAGCAAAGCAAAGCAUCUAAGACAGAGUUUGGUGACAGCACACAUGAAACGUUCCUGCUGCCCCCCCUACCUAAUCAAAUACCCAUCUCAACAGAGGCAAAGAAGCCCAAAGAGGGCAAGAAGAAGAAGAAGUCUUCAAUAUGGAAGCGUGUCCUGGGCUGGUUCUCCAAAGGUAACAGUGACAAGCAAGAGGUGCAAGAUGAAGAGGAUGACGAACAUGAAGAAGCCCUCCCACCUCCCCCAACUCCUUCAGUCUCCUGUCUGCCUCUUUCUGAGGUUCUCUCUAGUGGUGAGGUCAUUACCUGGAAAAAGAGAAGACAGAUGCAUAGGAAGACUUCACUAAAGAGACGCAGUGGGGACAUUGGACUAGAUAAGGCAACUGGGAGGCCACUUACACUAGACCUGUUUACUGUUGACCACAAACCCAUGGUGAAAUCAAUUGAAGAAGUAGAGCCCACUAACUUUUAUUAUGAAAAAGUAUCAGAAGAGUUGCAUAAGAUUGUGCAUGAGGUAAAGAACAGCCCCCUAGAGGACAACAGAAUUUUCUGUGAUACAGUUCAGCCAACAGAUCCAACUGGCAUGCCCAUGUCUCAAGAGGAAGUUGUUGAGAGGAUCAUUGCUUUGAUAAAGCAGCAAGGAGACGUCAUUGAUUCCAAGCUAAAGGAAAAUUCCACUGUUAGCAGUUACUUCAGCACACUCUCAUACAGCUCCUUCCAGCAAUUGGCAGACCAGUAUGUGCAGUCGGGGGUCCCUGAGCAGAAAAGCCAGCCCCUCGUGGUAGCUCCAGAACUGGUGAAGUUUGCCUUCACACUGGACUUCACAGCCAGAUUGGCUGGUCUCUCUCGCCAUGCUCCAGGACAUAUCCUUGGCUUCGGGAACCAGUACCUCAAGGACAGGUUCACUCACCUGAGUGAGACGCAUCCUCACAUCUGUGACAUAACAGAGGAGAAAACAGAGUCAAAGGAAAGUACCAACAAAGAAGUCAAGGAGCAUCUAUUUGAAGAGAAGUGAUAUGAGGCACCUUAUUACCUUGGCUGGGAACAUGACCAAGCUUGUGAACCCUCAACUCUUAGAAACUUUGACUGAUGAAAGCACUGGGAGAAUGCUUUAAAGCCUUGUUAUUACAGAUAGUACAGUGCUUAUGUAACAACACUGCAUACUCUUUCAGGAUAAACAUGUGCCACAAUCAUGCAACCAUAAUUGAAGAUGUUUGUGUUAUUAGAGACAACAGGCUGACAUACCACACAUACACAGUGGAAUGCUUCUAGUACACAACAACAACAAACUAGUAUGUGUGUGUGUACCUGCAUGUAGUUUUUCAUAAACAUUUUUGCAUUUGGUUCUAAUUCAUAAAACCCACUACAGGCAAGAAAAGCUCUCUCACACAUCGUAUGGAUUUCUUCUAAAGCACUAGUGUAAACCUUAUGACUAUCAACCCUUUCUUAACCUAUCUAUUGAAGUUUCCAAAAGGACUCACUAGUAUUUAUAUUGUCAAUACAAAAUCAACACUUGGUAUGCUAUUAAUGCUCACUAAUGUUCACUUUAUAUAUCUUUAUGUCAAA